AAAUGACCUCAGAAGCUUCACAUCCAAACUCUCUCUCUCUCUCUCUCUCCCUCUCUCCCCAAAAGCUUAACCCUAACCCCGAAAUCUCACUGCCAUGACCUGAGCUCAAAGCCCAAUCCCUCUAAAGCUCCAUUAUUGAUCGAAUUAAUUAAGGGAAAAAAAUAAAAGGACAGAAGCGCAAACGAUGCCGUCUCACGGCGAUCUGGACCGACAGAUCGAGCACCUGAUGCAGUGCAAGCCACUACCGGAAGGAGAAGUGAAGACACUAUGCGAGCAAGCAAGAGCGGUCUUGGUGGAGGAAUGGAAUGUUCAGCCCGUGAAAUGCCCCGUUACUGUCUGCGGCGAUAUUCACGGCCAGUUCCACGAUCUUGUCGAGCUCUUUCGCAUCGGUGGAAAAGCCCCCAACACCAACUACCUUUUCAUGGGCGAUUAUGUUGAUCGAGGAUAUUAUUCUGUGGAAACUGUGACUCUUUUAGUGGCACUAAAAGUUCGAUAUAGGGACAGGAUUACAAUUCUUAGAGGAAAUCAUGAGAGUCGUCAAAUAACUCAAGUGUAUGGCUUUUAUGAUGAAUGCUUAAGAAAAUAUGGAAAUGCCAACGUCUGGAAAUAUUUCACUGAUCUCUUUGACUAUCUACCACUGACAGCCCUAAUUGAGAGUCAGGUCUUCUGCUUACACGGUGGACUCUCUCCAUCUUUAGAUACAUUAGAUAAUAUCCGAUCGUUGGAUCGUAGACAGGAGGUUCCUCAUGAAGGUCCAAUGUGUGAUCUCCUAUGGUCUGAUCCAGAUGACCGAUGUGGGUGGGGAAUUUCUCCUCGUGGAGCUGGAUACACUUUUGGACAAGAUAUCUCUCAACAGUUCAACCACACCAAUGGGCUCACUCUCAUUUCUAGAGCUCACCAGCUUGUUAUGGAAGGAUACAAUUGGGCCCAGGACAAGAAUGUGGUAACAGUUUUUAGUGCACCAAAUUACUGUUAUCGAUGUGGGAAUAUGGCUGCAAUACUUGAGAUAGGAGAAAAUAUGGAGCAGAAUUUCCUUCAAUUUGAUCCGGCGCCUCGUCAGAUUGAACCUGACACAACACGCAGAACUCCUGACUAUUUUUUGUAAUUGUUAUGGCAUGCCCUCAGUUGGCAAUUUUUCUAAUUCUCUGUGGUGGUUUUGUAGAGGGGUCUUACAGAAUAGAGGAUUUUUGGUGUUUACUUGAUAAAGGGACAAACCAAAACAUUGUCACUGUCAUUCUUUUUGCUGGAAUUGUUCUAUUGCUUUUGCAUUCAUGUGAUUUUAUAGGUUUAUUUUGUAGGUGGUUUUUGUCUUGUAUUUUAGAAAGUGAAAAGGAAACGGCAAUAACAAGGUAUUCUUUGCCUUAUGAAUUUGGGUUUGUGGAUGAAACAAAUGUAUGAGAGUGCACAUUCAAUUUGUAUUAUCAAUGUCGAUAAAGGGUGUCCUCAUUUAUAGCUUCUUUA